AUGGCAUCGCCUAACUCAUCUGCAACAUGCGAUUCGCCUCAAGACACUGCUCUAUUGAAUAACCUGCUACCGAUUGCACCUGCGCCAACCAGUCUACAACAUCUAUUGGCUGUAAAACUCACCUCUGAUAACUAUAUGUUAUGGGAAAAUCAGCUGCAGCCUCUCCUCGUCUCAUACAAUCUGAAGGGCUUUGUUGAUGGAACCAGGACUCGUCCGCCUGAGACAAUCCUCAGUGAAGGAAUGAAUGAUGCAAUGUGGUAUCCGGAUUCUGGAGCCACACACCAUGUGACAAAUGAUCUGAACGCAUUAUCUGAGCAUGUCCGUUAUGAAGGGAAGGAAAGGGUGCGCAUAGGAAAUGGCACAGAUUGGGCUGGGUGCCCCGAUGACCGUAAAUCCAUAGGGGGAUAUGCUGUAUUCUUAGGGCCCAAUAUCAUCUCUUGGAGCUCCAAAAAGCAACACACUGUUGCUCACUCAAGUUCAGAAGCGGAAUACAGGGCCGUUGCAAAUGCCACUGCAGAACUCAUAUGGGUUCAGUAUCUCCUACAAGAGCUUCAGAUCUCCAUCCCAUCUACUCCAAUUCUCUGGUGUGACAAUAUCAGUGCAACCUAUAUGGCGGCUCACCCAGUUUUCCAUAGUCGAAGCAAACAUAUUGAACUUGAUGUUCACUUUGUUUGCGACCGCAUUGCCAAAAACCAACUGCUAGUUAAACAUAUUCCAUCCAACCAUCAACUAGCCGAUAUUCUCACCAAACCGCUGCCCAUCACUCCCUUCCAAACUCUUCAUUCCAAACUCAACGUCAUUCCUGGCCCGUUGAGUUUGCAGGGGGAUGUGAAGACACCAGAUGACACAUGGCAGAAAGUAUGCAACGGCCAAAUCAAAGAGGACAAACUCAACGACUACAUCAGCAAAGGCAAUGGGCAUGACACAAGGCAUGACAAAAGGAAAGAACUAUGCAACGAUCAAAUCAAGAAGGGAAAACUCAACGCCUAUACCAGCAAAGCAAAUACCAGCAAAGGAAGACACACCCAAUUCCAUAAGGAAGGAAUUAAUGUCAAUGGUGUAUUCCAAAAAUAUAAUCAUAGACCCGUUGAGAUCUGUACAUCUAUAAAAGCAUAA